AUGUCUGAACACCACUACAAGUUCAACGUGACAAUGACCUGCGGCGGCUGCUCCGGCGCCGUGGAGCGCGUGCUCAAGAAACUCGACGGCGUCAAAAACUACACCGUCUCCCUCGACACACAAACCGCUGACGUAACGACCGAGGACUCGGUCUCGUACGAGACCGUGCUGGAGAAGAUCAAAAAGACCGGCAAGACAGUAAACUCGGGCGAGGCGGACGGCGUGAGCAUGGCCGUGUAA